AUGACAGAGUUCGGGGACAAGUCCAUGGGCGCCCUCGUGUGGGUGCCGCAUGCCGUCGAGGUAUGGAAGAAAGCACAGAUCAUUCAGAAGUUGUCCGAGACACAAGUGGAAGUGCGCUUUGUGUCUGACGGCGUCGAGUACGACCCUGAGGACGGCAAGAUCAAGACGUACGACGUGCGGGAAAUCGCCAAGUUGGCCGGCGAAGUGUCGUCGAAUGCGAUGCCGAUCUGCAACACGUUCGACAAGCUCGGCGUCGAGGACAUGUGCACACUUAACCAUCUGCACGAGCCCGCGGUGCUCAAGAACUUGCAGCUUCGCCACGCACAGUUUGUGCCGUACACGUACACGGGCCAGAUCUGCAUUGCCGUGAACCCGUACAAGUGGCUCGACUUGUACAGCAAAGACCUGUACUUCGACUACUUGAACCUGCCGCGCAACGACUUGGCACCACAUCCGUUUGCACUGUCGUCGAGUGCGUACAUUGACAUGAACAAGCUCGGGAUCGAGCAGAGCAUUUUGGUGAGUGGCGAGUCGGGGGCUGGCAAGACGGAGACGGUGAAGAUCAUGAUGAACCACUUGGCGUCCAUCUCUGGCGGCGGGACCCACGGGUCGUUGGUGAUUGACCAAGUGCUCAAGUCGAAUCCGCUGCUGGAAGCGUUCGGAAACGCCAAGACCAAGCGAAACGACAACAGCAGUCGGUUCGGCAAGUUCGCCCAGCUCCAGUUCAACGCCGAGGGGCUGCUCGUGGGCGCCCGAUGCGAAACGUACUUGCUCGAAAAGAGCCGCGUGGUGGGCCAGGCUGUUGGGGAGCGCAACUACCACAUUUUCUACCAAGUGUUUUCGCUGGCCCAGGAGCUCAAGGCCGAGCUGUUCCUGGACGGCGACGUCGCCGACUACAGCUUUGUGCACGUGGGGGCCGGGUCCAAGGUCGACAACACGGACGACAGUGUGUUUCUGCAGGAAACCAAGCUCGCCAUGGACACGAUCGGCAUUGACGCGCGGGAGCAGCGGGGCAUCUUUGAGAUUGUGAGCUCGAUUUUGAACCUCGGGGAAAUCUCAUUCAAAGCCGACACGACUGAAAAGUGCUCGGUCGUGACGCUGGACCGCGUGGCGUCCGUGGCCAAGCUGCUGCAGACCGAGGAGGAAACGCUUGUGAGUGCGCUGACCCACCGGACGAUGGCGGCGCGCGACGAGACGUUUACGAUCCCGCUGAGUGCCGACCAGGCGGCGGACCUGCGGGACGCGUUCGCCAAGGGGAUUUACUCGCAGCUGUUUGACUGGCUCGUCGCGCGCAUCAACAAGGCGAUCUGCAGCACCACGAGAAAUGUCAAGCAUCACAUUGGGCUACUCGACAUAUUCGGGUUCGAGUCGUUCGACCACAACGGGUUUGAGCAGCUGUGCAUCAACUACGCAAACGAGAAGCUGCAGCAAAAGUUCAACAGCGAUAUCUUCAAGACUGUGCAGACCGAGUACGUGGCCGAGGGCAUUCCGUUGGAGCUCGUGUCAUUCGAAGACAACCAGCCGAUCCUGGACCUGAUUGAGGGGCGGGCGGGGGUGAUCGACCUGCUCAAAGAGACGGGUGUGCUGGCCAAGGGCACGGACCAGAUGUUUGUGAGCAAGGUGAUCGCGGCCGCGGCGGACCACAAGAACUUUGAAAAGGUCCGCACCAACCCCAUGCAGUUCAAGAUUCUGCAUUACGCCGGCGACGUCACGUACGACGGCGACCGGUUCCUCGAGAAGAACAAGGACACGCUGCCGGUGGACUUGCUCGAUUUGCUCGCGUCGAGCGAGUCGUCGUUCAUUCGCGACGUGUUCCCCGACUUGGCCGUGCCGCGCAAGGACACGAAGAAACACAAGCACCCCUCCAAGGCUCGCAAACAAGGCGGGGGGUUCCUCGUCGGUGCAACGAUCGCCAAUUCGUUCAAGAAACAGCUGGGGGAACUCAUGGACCAGAUCGCCAAGACCACGACGCAGUACGUCCGGUGCAUCAAACCCAACGCCAACAAGAGCGCCACCGAGUUUGACCGCCUGAUGGUCGUGGACCAGUUGCGGUGCGCCGGCGUCAUCGCCGCCAUCCGCAUCAGUCGCGCGGCGUUCCCGAACCGGCUCUCCCUCGUCGAGUUUGCCAAACGGUUUGACGUGAUCUGUCCGUCCAAGUUGAGGCAUGCCGCCCCGGCCGUGAUGGUCAUGGGGUUGCUGGAAAAGUUGCUAGGGAAAACCACCGACUCGACUCAAAACGCCAAGUUUGCCAUCGGCAAGUCCAAAGUGUACUUUAGCUCGGGGCUGUUGCAGCAUUUGGAAGACCAACGGGCCGUCGUAUUGCGCACCCAAGCCACCAUCAUCCAAGCGCACAUGCGCGGAUAUGCCAAGCGAAAGAAGUUCCUAGCACACAAGGCCGCCGCCGUCUUGGUCCAGUCGAUGGUCCGCAUGCACACGUCCCAUCGGCAAUUCCGCGUUAUGAAGGCGGGCACGGUGCUGCUGCAGACGCGGGUUCGCGGCUGGGUCGCUCGGCGCAAGUUCCGCGUGGCACUGGCCAAAGACCGGCAACGAAAGGCCGAGUUGAAGCGGGCCGCCGAAGCGAAAGCUCGUGCUGAAGCUAGAGCUCGCGCCGAUGCCCAGGCGGCCGCUGCUGCAGCCGCGCGAGCAGAAGCCGAACACAACGCUCGGUCAGUUGCUGCUGCACGAGCACAAGCCGAGCACAAUGCUCGACCACUUGCUUCGGAUGCCCUCAAGUCGUCCCUCAUCAAAGAGGACGAGCCCGUCGACACGAGCUCCGAAGGCAGCGACGGAGAUCGCCUAUCGGCUGGAUCCCAGAGCAUCUUAGCGUCGGCGGCUAGUCGGGUAGCCGAGGCGGAAGCAGCAGCCAUGGAAGCGCAAAAGGCCGCGAUGGCGGCGCUGACCCAUAACCGCGUGAUCCAGGCGGAAAACGAAGCGCUUCGAGCCAAGAUGGCGGCGUACGUGUCGGAACACGCGGACGCCGAGUUGCUCCGGGAGAAUGAACGGCUCAAGCACCAGGUGCUAACGUUGCAGAGCAAGUUGGUGCGAGCGCAGGAAGUGUCUUUGAUUUCCGCCAAGGUCGUGGAUAGUCGCAUGACGUUCCGCGAGGGCCGCCAGUUUGUCGAGUACAAGCUCCAGAUUGAAACUAAUAACCGCGGCACGUUGUUUGUGUGGCACCGGUACAGUACGUUCCGAAACUUGGCCACGACACUGCAGACCAAGAACGGAUACCGCCGCAAAGACAUUCCGGACCUGCCCAACAAGCAAAUGUUCAAUAACUUCUCGGACAAACUCAUCCAAGAACGCGUGGACAAGCUCAAUCAGUUCCUCGAAGCCGCCACCAUGACAGACUACCUCCAGUGGGGCAUCCGCGUCGACCAAGACACGUGCGUGUACAAGCGGCGCACGCGGAGCUCGUCCGACGGUCGCGACUCCAUGGCAGGCCCCCCCCGUGAAUCCAUGGCUGUGACCAUGUACGACGACGACAGCGCGCGGGAUUCGAUGGCCCCUACGAGCAGCAGCACUAGCAGCACCAGCAGUCGCGAAUCGUUCUCGCUCCGGCAGUCGUUUUCACGAACGUUUGGCAAAAAGUAAUACAUAUUGGCACGCACCAGCUUCUGUGGUUUAAUGUUGUACGUACUUAUAUAACCAACCAUGAGUGCACAAUACACAUGAGAUGUCGAUA